GGAGAGGUAAACAAAAUGUCACUCCGGCUGGCCAAGUGUGUGUCGUCCCCAGUCUACUCUGUAUCUGGACAACCUAGCCUCGGUCUGCUCUCCUCUCGAUGGAAGUCUACUGCCUCCGGACAGGUGGCACACGAUGAAGGACAGGAAGGGGCCACAGCCAAGCCUUUCGAGGCUAUCCCGGGCCCGAAAGGCCUACCCUUGGUGGGGACAGCUCUGCAUGCUGCGAUGGGCGGCUGGAUGGACAAGUUUCAUCUUCAUAUGCAGAAUCGUUGGCGGCAAUACGGUUCCAUCUACAAGGAGAUCAUCGGGCCUCAGGAGAUAGUUUGUAUGUUCGAUCCUGAGGAUGUUGCAGCUGUGCUGCGAGCGGAGGGCCGCUACCCCCGGAGACAUUCCGUUGACAGCUUUUACCUGGCCAGGGAAAUCAUGGGCCACAAGUUGGGUGUCCUCCUUGAGAAUGAUGAAAAAUGGCAGCAGUACAGGACUGUGAUGAACAAGAAGCUGCUCCGACCCCAGCAGGCGGCAGCCUUCACCCCCAUGAUGGAUGAAGCUGCCUCUAACUUCAUGUCUUAUCUACGGAGGAAGAGAGACCAGGGGGGGAUGGUGACGGACUUACAGGCACAUCUUUUCCGCUGGGCCAUGGAAUGUAAGUAUCAAAUACAGUGCAUCUGUAUCUAUAUAGCCGCGGGCUGUACGGCCAUGUUUAAUCAGCACCUUGGUCUCCUGAGCGAAGAUCCUCCCCAGCUAGCAAAGGACUUCAUCUCGUGCUCGAUGGCCAUUCUUGACACAACCAACACCAUGAUGACCAUUCCUCCAAAAGUUCACAAAGCACUGAACACCAACGCUUGGAAAGAGCAUCUGGAAGGGUGGCAAACCAGCUUCAGAGUCACCAAGCAACUGAUUGAGGAAAUUAUGGAAAGAGAGCUGAAGAAGGAGAAUGAAGAAGAUGAAGAAAUCUCAGACCUGGUCUCCUACCUGCUGUCAGUGAAGCUCCGCCCUGAAGAGGUGCUGGCAAACAUUGUUGAUGUGCUAGGGGGCGCUGUUGAUACAACAUCAAACACCAUGGCUUUCACCAUGCACACCUUGGCAAGGCACCCUGACAUCCAGGAGAAACUGCAUGAUGAGGUGAUGAGGGUUGCGCCUGAUCGUCAAGCACCCGUCACACAGGAGCAGGUGCAGAAGAUGCCCUACCUUAGGGGCGUAAUCAAGGAAAUUCUACGAUUGUACCCAGUGGCCUAUAUCUUCAGUCGAGUCCUGAACCAUGACGCUGUGGUGCACGGGUAUAAAAUUCCCGCUGGAACAAAUCUAGUGGUUUGUCCAUAUGUGAUGGGAAGGGAUCCGAAGAGCUAUGACAAUCCGGAAGAGUUUCGCCCUGAGAGAUGGUACCGAGAGAACCGAGAGAGUGUCAAAGCCUUCUCCUGGCUUCCCUUCGGCUUUGGGGCACGAGGCUGUGUUGGCCGCCGUAUUGCCGAGACAGAGAUGCACCUGGUCCUCAUAAGGAUUUGCCAGAAUUUUGUGCUGGAGCAGAAGAAAGAUGAAGAACUUGUUGGCAGGAUCAGACUGGUCCUGAUCCCUGACAAAUCAGUGGACCUCAAACUCACCGACCGCAACUGAUGUUUGGUGC